AACUACUUAGUGCUGCUUAGUGCCUUACAGUGCCUUAUCAAACUACUGAAACUAUACACACGUAUAUAGAAUUCAUAUUUAGAUUUUACCAGAUUUUACCAAUACAUCGUAUAAAUAAUUAACCAGUGACCAACUUAUUGUUACUUUGUUAAGUUUAAUUAUAGAUACUGCUUAUAUAAAUAAAACAAGGACAUCAUGUAUAAAACUGGGCCACCACCACCUUAUGAGCCACCACCUUAUGCACCUCCUGGUUAUUCGCAGACAACGGGUGGUGUUCCACCUGCUAGUCCUUUCACACCUGCAGAAACCUAUACAAAUGGACCAACUAUAGUUACAACGAUAGUUCCACUUGGACCAGGAUCAACACACACAAUUUGUCCACAUUGCCAUGCAGAAAUUGAUACUUCAACCAAAACAGAACCUGGCAUGAUUGCUUACAUAUCAAGUGUUGUGAUUGCAUUAAUGGGAGGCUGGCUGGGAUGCUGUUUGAUCCCUUGCUGUAUCGACGAAUGCAUGGAUGUUCAUCACAGUUGCCCCUACUGCAAAGCUUACCUGGGUCGUUACAGGAGAUAAAGGAAUGUAAUGCUAGAGUUUCCUUUUUUUUGCAUUUCACUUCAAAACAAUUUUGGGAUUGCAUUAUAUUACGGUACCCACGUAUUCUGUUACUGAGAAUUUUUUUGUGUCUGCCUAAUGUACAAACUGUCUCAAUAGUUUUAUUCACAACAAAUGUUACAUAAUACCAAGUUUGAUAUGUAGCAUAUGCACAAACUAUAAUUAUGUACAAGAUAGUCUUUAAAAUAUUUUUGGCAACGGAUCAAAUUUUUACUAAUAAUGUGCAAGAUGUACACAAUAUUUCCUUUA